UUAUUGCAGCAGCAUCCAUAAAAAAAUUUACUAACCAAGAAAGCAAUUCAGAAGUUCAAAGCUUUGAUCAAAACCCACAAAAGAAAUCAAUCAAAGAAACAAUCUUUGAUCAAGAAGAAUGAGGAGGAGACCUGGUAUUGGAGGGUUACAAACAGCAGCUGCUGCAAGGGAUCAAUAUCGGUUACUAGGAGAAAAUGUAGCAAAGCUAAGAACUGAUCUUAUGAAAGAACAGCUUGCCACUUUUCGUUCCCAGCUUGAAGAAUUUGCCCGCAAACACAAGAAUGAUAUUCGAAAGAACCCAACUUUCAGGACGCAAUUCCAUGAGAUGUGUGCUAAAGUUGGAGUGGAUCCACUGGCAUCGAAUAAGGGUUUUUGGGCAGAGCUGUUAGGGAUUGGUGACUUCUAUUAUGAACUUGGAGUGCAAAUUGUAGAGAUAUGCUUGGCAACAAGACCUCACAAUGGAGGUUUGAUCAACCUGCAAGAACUCUGUGCUCUGCUUCGGCAGAAACGAAAAAGUGAUCGUGAAGCUGUGUCAGAGGAUGACUGUUUGCGUGCUAUAAGUAAGCUGAAGAUAUUGGGCAGUGGUUUUGAGGUGAUUUCUGUUGGGAAAAGAAAGCUUGUUCGGUCAGUUCCAACUGAAUUGAACAAAGACCAUAAUGAAAUUCUGGAGCUGGCUCAGGCUCAAGGUUUUGUGACUGUUGAUGAGUUAGAGAGACGGCUUUCUUGGACAUCUGGUCGUGCUACUGAUGCCCUUGAUACUUUAUUAGAUGAAGGACUUGCUAUGAUUGAUGAUGGCCAUAGAGAUGGCAAACGCCGCUAUUGGUUCCCCUGUGUAUCUUCCAUCUCCACUUCAGUGGUUUCUGAUAUUUAAUACGUGGUUCUUGUCUCUCCACGUCGUUUAUACUUGUGCACUGACAUAAAAAUGCCAUAGGCAUUUGAUUUUUCUCCUCCGUAUUUGUUGUGUUGGAGGUGCUUUGAAAGUUUCAAAUACAAUUUUGACAGAAAUCAAUAUAUGCUGUUCCCCUUGCCUGCC